AUGCAGCUUCAGGGCCACAUUGAGGACUUUGAUGCAUCACUCUCCUGCGAUUCAACUGGUGACGCUCACACAGCGCUGGGGCGUCUGCAAAUGGACGGCAUUGCUCAGAUAGUGAGUUUCAUGGGCGAGCAGUCCACCACUUGCAGUAUUCACACACUGAGUGCCGUGUGUCCACAGAUGAGGCUGGACAGAGAGACUCUGAGAAGCCACCGUGACGAUGAAAUGGACUGUCGUGGUGUGGUGGUCCGAGACAGCCAGCUGAUGUACGAGAUCACAGCAACAGGGAAAAGCGUGACUCCUCUAAAGAUUGCACACGCGCUGUGGUGGGCGGCUCAGUGCGAGCUUCCGCUGGGUGUCACCGUCGACAAUGAACGUAGCGACGUGCUGACACUUUUCGAGGAACGUGUGAGAGACCGAGUGGAGGAGCUGUACAUUAAUGUCCAUACAAAAGCUGCGUGCGUGCAAGACCCCGCGUCGGCGUGCGACGGUCAGUGCGGCAUGUUUCUCGACGCGCUGUCGGCAUUUCCACACGUGAUGAAACUGUCAAUUAAUUGCAGUGGAACGUAUGGUGACUCUCGCGCUGUUGUUGACGUGAAUCGUGCGUUACGUGUUGCAGCGCAGAUGCCGAUCAGCGAAAUGGAAGUUUCAUUUUUGACGAAGCUUACGAACUUCUCGGCGCUGUCGGGAUCGCAGCAUCUUCAACGACUGACAGCCACCUAUUGUGAAAUAGAGUCGGUGGCUGAUUUGGAGAGCUGUCCAAUGCUCACCGAUCUUGACGUCUCCGACAAUAAACACCUGCCGAGUGUUUCGGAUCUCGCAGGUGCACCACGCCUCAAAACUCUAGUCGCAAAGGAUUGUGACAUACGAAACUUAGACGGUCUCGGCAACUUCCCCUACCUCUGCAACCUUGACGUGUCAGGCAACGAGUCAUUAGAGGAUCUUCACGGCCUUGCUGGAGCGGAGAGCCUCGAGAAACUUGUUGCGAAACAAUGUUAA